AUGAAGUCGGCCGCACCCAUCGCGGCGGUGCUCGCCUCGGCGGCGUCCACGGGCUGGGCCCUGGUGCUGCCCGCCGCCGACGCAAACCGCGGCUGCUCAAACGUGUCCCACGACGUGCUCGGCAACUCGUUCUGCAGAGAGGUCGAGCAGAUCACGUACACGGGCCUGGCCCACAAGGGCAGCUACCAGGCCGUCACGUCCAUGGGCGACUCUGCGGAUCAGUGCGGAAGGCAGAGCAAAGAAUACAAUUCGUCGCUCGGGGUGUUUGAGGAGGAGCUCUCGAUCCACAUCCGCGGCCCCUUCAAGCUCAACCAGAUGGCCGUGUACAACUUCGGCUGCGUCAACGAGACAUGGCACCGCGUCUCCUACUACAACGCCUCCACGCAGGAGGCCGACAACCUCGUCUUCCUGGGCAACUACGGCGGCCAGGGCUCUGGCGAGUUUGAUUUCGUAUGGGGCAACUCCCUCUCGUACAUCAACGCCGACGCCACGGCGGGCUCCGAGACGCCCGAGAUCCUCGCCGACGUUGAGAUCCCGUCGAACAAGGAAUUCACCGUCUUUAGCGGCCAGAAGUGCAACGGGGCCUGCGGCUUCUCUCGCGUCGAGGACGUCGCGUACCACGGCUUCGGAGGCGGCAACAAGGCCUUCCUCUUCGACUUCCAGAUGCCCCUCGACAACACCACGGGCUUCAACGCCGACAUGCCCGCCCUCUGGGCCCUCAACGCCAACAUCCCCCGCACCGCGCAGUACAACAAGUGCAGCUGCUGGCCCACCUGCGGCGAGUUCGACAUCUACGAGGUCCUGGCCUCGGGCGACAGCAGGUGCAAGAGCACCUUCCACGCCGCCCGCCGCGGCGGCACCUCCGACUAUUUCGCCCGCCCCUCCGGCCACGCCAUCAAGAUCGCCGUCGUCUUCAGCGCAAAAGCCGAGGCCGUCUCCGUCCGCGUCCUCGACUACGACACCGUCUUUGGGCACCACUUCACCGACGCGACCGUCGAUGGCUGGCUCGAGGGCCCCGUGGACCGCACGGCCGUCAGCACGUUCCGCGUUACCGAAUGA